AGCCAAGGCAAGCCAAGACGAUCUUGCGCAUGUUUCCUUUCCGAGCGGUGGUGUUGUUGUGUCGUGGUGUGGUUGGUGUGGUCAUGGUCUGUUUGGUACCAUUUCACUUAUUUCUGGCCGGGAGAAAAUGGGGGUGACUCAUCCAGGUAACCAACGUAACCGUAGAUAAAAAAUUAAAAAAAAAAGAACGGAGUAGGUCGCCGCUUUCAAAACCUUCGCAGCAGCGAGACGUGAUCGCAAGGGGCAGCGAUGUCCGCCACUGUGUUGUUCGAACUCAAAAAGAAGCGGCGCGCGCCGAGUACGAAAAAGUCCCCGUUUCCGCUGGUUUUCAACUUGGGUUGUGACGACAAAUCCAGCAUCGUCACCUGGCAGUUUUACCGGGGCACGCUGCGUCCCGACGGCGUGGAAGUUGCCGCCAGGGAAGACAUGAAAAACCUCUACAACAUGGGCUACUUCGGCAAGGGCAGCUUGUCGCGUUCGGCGCCGAGGUUCAAAGCCGCCACCGCAGACGUGGAGGACGCUCCUGAGAUGAGUCAGAGAAGGUUUGAACGACACAAGCACAUGCAAGAACAAGCGUCUUUGGACACUAAAGAAGCUCAGAACAACGCCAAGCCCCCGAGGUUUGUGCUGCUCAGGCGCGACGAAGCCACCGACGAAGUCCAUCCCCAGCGUACGCCGAAGUUAGACCCGCAGGCCGAAGAUUGCAAGGCGUCGCCCGCCGAACAGACAGAAGGCAGUGAUCAGGACAUCACCCAAAUAUUUGAGGGCACAGUUUCGAAAGCGGAUGAUGAGGCAAGCACGUCGCAGACAAAGCCGCUCCGGCACAGGAAAAGGGGCAAGAGGAGCCGGUGCAGAAAGAGCAACGGCGACGAAGACAUCAUCGAAGUCUUCAGCAAAACCAAACUAGAGAGACAGCAAGAACAGGCCGAUGUGGACCCACAGGAAAAUCCCGUUUCGCACGGAAAUGGAACAGAAGACGUCGCAGAUAGCGUUGCGGACGAGGUUAUGGAGGACGUUGCCGAUUCGGUUCCGAGCACCCAUUCAUGCGCAGCGGAAGUCGAGGUUGGUGCGGGUAGCGAUCACGACAUCACCGAGCUCCCUUCCGAAGCUGCCUUGGACUCAAGGGAAAACGCCGAUACGGGAAUCCUGCAGAUUGAUCUCGGGGGGGAUGAGGAAGAACCGGGGAAAAACGACGUAGAAGAAGCCGUUCAGCGGCCGAAAGUCGGAUGCGCCAACGAUUGUGGGAGCUCAUUAAGCAUCUGCAAGGCAAACGACAUUGAGGUGAUUACGAGCGACAACGGCCCGCGGCUCGAGCGCGACCACAGGCUGUUCAGCGCCGAGGACCCCUGCCCCGUCGACGAGUACCUUCAGCUCUUUUUCGAAGAGGCGUAUUUCCUGUCUUAUGGUCUGGGCUGUCUGAUUGUCCAGGAAAACAAUGAGGAACUGGAUCUCUUGAAGUUGUGGCAAAGGCUGUGUGCACUGUGCCCCACCUUCCCAGCACGCUACGCAGCGUACCACCAUUUCCGCAGCAAAGGCUGGGUGGUGCGGACAGGAUCAAGAUAUGCUGCCGACUAUUUGCUGUACAAAGAUGGUCCCGCAUUUUACCAUGCCACUUUCUCCGUCCUGGUGCGCCAAGCGUGGAGCGAGACGCUUGAAGAGGCGGAGGACCGCAGAUUACGAAGCUGGACCUCCCUGGCGGGCCUCAUAAGGCUCAGUGCCAGCGCCGCCAAGGCUGUGCUCCUCUGCUACGUGGUCAUCCCCAAGGACGCGGAUCUGUCAACCCCCGAAUGUCUGCGGUCCUUCAAGAUACAGGAACUACUUCUGCGGAGGUGGAUCACAUCGGAAGAGCGGGAAAGAAAGGACGACGGGUAGUGAAGGCAGAACGGUCACCGCACGACAAGCUAAGCGAGUGCUUCGUUCGAGAUCAAUGCACAUCAAUCACUUCGCUCCACGAUCACCAAUCACCCAAUAAACAUUUGCUUGUUUUUCCA